AUGACCACUCAGGGACUCGCCAUGCGCUCUCAAAUAAACAACAGAGUCAUAGAAGAAACAUUGAGAGCUAAGUUUACGGGAGGAAAGUUUGAGUCGGUGGAUAUAACAGUGGCAGAUUUUGAUGGAGUUCAGUUCCAUAUCUCCAACCCUGAUGGAGAAAAAUCAAAAUUGAGGCUAAGCAUUUCCAUGAAAUUCUACUCUGAUUUACAAAAGUAUGGAGCUGAUGAGUUGUUGCAAAGAGUGUAUGGAAGCUUCAUGACAACUACUGAAGAAUCGUAUGAUGUGUCCCUGUUAAUUGACCUAGAGCAACUUCCUGCUGAUGAACGUGGAAAAGAGGAACUUAUCCAGAAAUUUGCCAUGUUGAAAAGAAACUGCUUUGCUUCAGUGUUUGAGAAGUACUUUGACUAUCAACAAGCAGGCUCUGGUGGGGAAACUCAUGCUGUCAUCAACUACAGAGAAGACGAGUCCAUGUAUGUUCAAGCAACAGAUGACCGUGUAACCGUUGUCUUUAGCACUGUGUUCAGGGAUGACGAUGAUGUUAUCAUUGGCAAAGUCUUCAUGCAGGAAUUCAAAGAGGGACGCCGUGCCAGUCAGACAGCACCACAAGUGCUAUUUAGUCACAAGGAGCCGCCAAAAGAACUUCAAGGCACUGAUGCUAAGACAGGCGACAACAUAGGAUACAUCACCUUUGUCCUUGAGCCAAGGCACACAAAAGCUGAUGCACGUGACAGUACCAUCAAUCUUAUCCAUACCUUCAGGAAUUACCUGCACUACCACAUCAAAUGUUCUAAGGCCUACCUUCACUCCAGGAUGCGAGCCAGAACAACAGAAUUUAUCAAAGUACUCAACAGAGCAAGACCAGAACCAAAGACAACAGAGAAGAAGACAAUAACGGGCAAGACGUUUGUUCGCCAGUAAGAAUCAGUACCGUGUCGGUUUUACUCUCAGUCACUGGCUGAGUAUUGUGGUCGACAGACUCUCCUUGGAGCCAGAGUCAAUUUCAAGCCGAUGAAAGGAAAAAACACCAAAGUUGAAUUUUAUAUAUUUUUUUGUAUUGCAUGCAAUUUGUAAAGUCAAGGAAAAAAAAAUUACCUGUUGUUAGUGCAAUGAUCUAAAGUCUUAAAAUGUAAGUUGGUUUGUUUGAAAUAUAUUCAUUUAAAUGUC